UCCGAAUUCAAUUCAAGCAGCAAAUUCAAUUCAAACGCUACUGAUCUAGUUUGUGAAAGUCAAAACAAUCAAUCAAUUCAGAAUGUUCAAGUUUUUGGCGGUUGCAUUAGUGAUCGGAUUGGCAUCAGCCAGCCCUGUCGAUGAUCGACUAAUUGUUGGUGGUUUCGAGACGACCAUCGAAGAGCAACCCUGGCAAGUGUCGCUUCAAGUGAGAUCAUCACACAAUUGUGGUGGUUCAAUAAUUGGAAACGAGUGGGUAUUGACCGCGGCCCAUUGUGCUAGCAGCUCUGGAUCAUAUUCCGUCCGUGUUGGUUCGUCACGUCACGCCAGUGGUGGUUCAAUUAUUAAAGUGAAAAAAGUUUACCAACAUGAAAAGUACAACCCCAGUAUCACGGAUUUCGAUUUCUCGCUGUUGGAACUGGCUGAACCAUUGACAUUUGGCAAUGCAAUCAAAUCAAUCGCCCUACCAAACGAAGAUAUUAAAAUUGCCGAUGGUAUCGAUGCACUGGUUUCAGGAUGGGGCGCAACACACAACUCAAGUGAAUCGAAUGCAGUACUCCGUGCCGCUUAUGUUCCAAUCGCCAAUCAAGAGUAUUGUGACGAACAAUACAGAAAAAGCUCAGGCCGACCGAUUACCGAUCAAAUGAUCUGCGCUGGUUAUGAACAAGGUGGAAAAGAUUCAUGUCAAGGUGACUCGGGUGGCCCACUAUCGAUCGAAAAUGAUGGCGCUCGCGUUGUGAUUGGAGUAGUGAGUUGGGGCAGAGGUUGUGCCCAACCAAGCUAUCCUGGAGUCUAUGGCCGUGUUAGUUCCGUUAGACCAUGGAUCAGAAGUAUAUCUGGAAUUUAAUCACUUAAUCGUAGUUCAUCUAAGCAAAUCUUCUUUGAAUGUAACUGAUUUCAAUGUAAAAUUGUAAUUUCUUCUUCUUCUUCAAUAAAUACCAAUCCAAGCAAGCACAUACGAUUCUAU